GUUCUUCUCUCACAGUAGAGAGUGUAGUUUGUAUCAGUGUGGAGAUAAUGUGAGCUUCAGUACAGUUCAGAGCCUCAUACAUCUGGUGCUGGCAGAAAUCUACAUAAAGGAAAAGAAAGCAGGAGAGCUCGAGUUAGAUAUUUAUUUUCUUCCUUUAAAAAAACAUGGGUAAUGAUGGCUGCCUCUGCCGGGCGCAUCUGGAAACAAAGCGACACUGAAGCGAAUGCGGAUUUUACUUUGAUGCUGCUUCAGAUGUGUCGGUAGAAACAUCUCCAGCUGCCGCACUGUGGGUUUAAAUAUUCAGAUAGAGAGGCAAAAGCGUCGUUUGGCUGGAAAACUGUUUCAUGUCUGAACUACAGCGAGGAGGAGAAAACAUUUUGGGCGGCGAGAUGCACCAUUUGGAGGACUGAGCUCCAGCACUUCAGCCGCCGAGUGAGCCCAAAACAUCCAAACAUGGGGGAGCCAAGCAGGGACUCGCAGCAGUGACGACGCCGCCAUGUCCUGUUGAGCGGGGGGGAGGACUUUCUGCAAUCCACGAUACCAUGCAUAGCGUGAGCUCACCUGCGAGCAUGCCCGUUCACCCCGGGGAAGAAUGGUCCUCUCCACUCCUGCUCGCCUUCCAGAGGCAGGGGACACUGACGACGGUCUCUGCUGCCUCGUUACGGGGCUGCUGAACCUUCCGGAGAGGCCGCCGAUGGAGAACAUCUCCAUGGCGAACGUUUCCCUGGGCUCCCGGUCGCCCCCUGAGACGCUCACGCCGACAGCGGAGGGCCCCCCGGAGAGCCUGCAGGGCGUCAACUUGCCGCUGCAGGUGUUCUUCUGCUUCGUCAUGGUCGCCAUCCUGCUCCUGGCUCUGCUGGGGAACGUGGUGGUGUGCCUGAUGGUGUACCAGAGGUCUGCCAUGCGCUCGGCCAUCAACAUCCUGCUGGCGAGCUUGGCGUUUGCCGACAUGAUGCUGGCCAUCCUGAACAUGCCCUUUGCCCUGGUGACCGUCGUGACCACCCAGUGGAUUUUCGGGGACGUUUUCUGUCGAGUCUCAGCGAUGCUCUUUUGGCUCUUCGUGAUGGAGGGCGUGGCCAUACUGCUUAUAAUAAGCAUAGAUCGCUUUCUUAUUAUUGUCCAGAAACAAGACAAGCUGAGCCCGCAGAGAGCCAAAGUGCUCAUCGUGGUCACAUGGGGACUCUCGUUUGUUUUCUCUUUCCCUCUGGCUAUUGGUUCCCCUCCCUUACAGACCCCCCCCAGGGCCCCUCAGUGUGUGUUCGGCUACAGUGUGGAGCCGGGUUACCACGCCUAUGUGUUGAUACUGAUGCUAGUCUUCUUUUUCAUACCGUUCAUGGUCAUGCUGUACACGUUCAUGGGGAUCCUGAACACCAUCCGCCACAACGCCAUCCGCAUCCACAGCCACCCGGACAGCAUCUGCCUGAGCCAGGCCAGCAAACUGGGCCUGCUGAGCCUCCAGAGGCCCUUCCAAAUGAACAUAGACAUGAGUUUCAAGACACGUGCCUUCACCACCAUCCUCAUCCUCUUCUCCGUGUUUACAGUGUGCUGGGCACCCUUCACCGCCUACAGUCUGGUCACCACCUUCAGCGACGGCUUCUACCACAAAGACAGCUUUUUUCAAAUCAGCACGUGGGUCCUGUGGUUGUGCUACCUCAAGUCGGCCCUCAACCCUCUAAUUUACUACUGGCGGAUCAAAAAGUUCCGCGACGCCUGCCUCGACCUGAUGCCCAAGUACUUCAAGUUUCUUCCUCAGCUGCCGGGCAACACCAAGAGGCGCAUCCAGCCGAGCGCCGUGUACGUGUGUGGAGAACACCGCUCUGUGGUUUGAAGGAAAAAAAUCUAGCCCUCGACUCGCUUCAACACUGUUAAAAAAACACAUUGUUAUUUCAUUUACCUUGCCGUUCUGGGCCUGUUUCUGUUGUGUAGUGGGUUUCCUUUUCUUAGUCAGAAAACAGCGCUGCGUCACUAGAGGCUGGGACUGCGUUGGUGGGGAUGUGUUGCUUCAGGUAACAGUGAGAAAAUAAAAUGGGUCUAGUCAUAAACGGAGACUAAAAAUAUCAACAGAGAGGAUUUGACAUCAAAAGUACAGCUCUUCAAAAUGUUCUAAAACUGACUCCUACUCUGUACCUAAGGUAUACUACUAUAACAGUCUCUUUUAACAUCUUACUUUAGGAAUAUAAAAAUUAUUAUUAUGCCCUUGUUUGAUUUUGAAAAUAGAAAAAGAAGAACAACAUGUCAGCUGUGAAUGUGGAAAUACAAACCUCUUCUCAUGAACUUUGCUCAAAUACAUGCAGGGGUUGUAAAUGGUGUUUAGAGCUUUCCAUUCUCUUGGUACUGUCUGAUCUAAAAUAAUUGGACACUACAUUUGACUAUUCUUUUAACAUAUUAAGCAUCUGCAAGGGGUUGCCCCACCUAGGUGAAAGUUCAAACGUAGUCUAGUUCAAUCUUAUGACAGAGUUUAUGCUCUACCAACAUUUAAGGUGUUGGAACCGGCUGAGAUAGUUCCAACGUAGGCAGAAGUACAACUCAAAUCUUACACAUAGCUCCCAGUAGGUGCCAUGUAGGUGUAAAGUCCUCCAUAAAGUAUGGUUGUCAUGGUGAUAGUUUUAAAAGGUGGGAUAAUUUUGAGGAGGAGCCGAGGGUUUGACCAGCUGUUUGUGAUAGAUUACAUCCCUCAGAAAUGAAUAAUUACUUUUAUUUUUUACUACUCCCGCUUUCAUUCUUCUUUGGCAGCGAUAAGUUCACCUUGACGAUAUAGUACCGUAAAAUUACCUCACGAUCCAGUUGAAGAUUUCCCCACUCGAUGCCACUGUUCUUAUUAAACACUAGCUGUAGAUGAAGGUUGUAUCUGCUACAAUCAAUUAAUUGUAAUGCUUUGACAUAUUUUGUGGAUUAACGGCAACUACAAGAAGUCAUUUUCAGAUUUCAGUCUGUUCAGAGACAAUUAGACCCAAGAGGAAACACUGGAACAAACACUGCAUUAAAAACUGCUUUUUACUGAUUGGCUGGGGGAAUGUCUGCGACAAUAUUUAGGUUAGUUUGGACGUUACCCUGUUAUAGUUAAAGGUCACAUAUUAGUUUUCUUUUCAACCAGUUUAAAUAAGUCUCAGAGCUCCCCAAAACAUGUCUGUGAAGUUUCUUGUUCUAAAUCCAAAUGUGUAAAUGUGUUCGAACCAAAAGAGAAGCGCAUUAUUUGAAGGGAGAAAUAAAUAAAGUCACCGCAAACAGGACAUCUAGUUGCACAAAUUUUCACUUUUAGGACCUCAGUGAUGCACUGACGCCUCUGAGUGGUGAGAUCCUCCUGAAGUUCUGAGUCUGCAUCAGGAAUGUUUGAUCCAAACUUUAUUAGAAAAUAGAAAUGUUUGGAAACUUGUUUGCUUGUCUCAUCUUGCACAACGAGCUGACAAAUCCUUAACCUAGAAAGAGCAGUUCUGUCUUGAAGUGAAGAUAUUGUGUGGUUUGUGUUAAACUUGACACAAACAAACACACACACAUAAUGAUCUCAAGGGAAAAAGGGACACCUCACACAAAGCAUAAAGUGCUUCUCUUUUGCCCUGAACUGAAAGCCUCAGAGUCAAUGACGGUUGUUUCAUUCAGUACCUCCAGUCGUUUAGUCUGUCAGAAAACACAAGAGGAGCAUUUGUUAGAUAAACAACAUUAUGUAAAAGAAUCCUUCACAAGAGGCCGACCUUCAUCUCCACCAACAGCAGCUUCAGUCGUAGGGCUGGGUUUAGCUUCACAGUGCUUGAUACUGAUGAACAAUAAUACGAUCAUUAUUUAUAGUUCUCAAAUGUUCAAUGCUAGCCAAAGUCGAGGUUCGGUACAAAUUUGCAGGUUAUGUUUUGGAUAAGAGCUCGACCUGAAUGAAUCUCCAUCUAGUGACCGAUCAGAUCUCACAUUCAAACAUUUUAAUAAUGCUUCACAGUUGUUGUCCUACAGCAGGGACUAACCAACGCAUUAACAUCUUCAACUAACAAAUAAUCGUUCUCCACUUUCAGUUAUGUUUUCAUAUUUGAUUUUAUGAGCGUCAUACUCUGAUAACCAACAGACACCACAUAUGAGAAUAUAUUUAUUUAAUGUGGGAAAAAAACAAGUUAUAUAUUUAGGCAGAGAUCUAUUUUGCACUAAUGAUGAUUGAGUGAUAUUAUAAGCCUUAAUUUGCACAUUCACACACUGCAAUUGUUUUGUGCGCGUUCCUCCCGUCAUUGCUGCAGCUGUUGUGAUUUUUAGUUUCUAUUACGUGUGUAAUUUCAUCAUAUUUUUUUCAUUUUUUAAUUGGUUGUGUGCCGCUAACUCCUCCCCCUUUUAUGUGAACAUGCUCAUAAAAACUCUUGGUUUACUUAUUGAGGUAUCGGGGCCUGACCGAUAUGGGUUUUUUGGGGCCGAUACUGAUCUCGAUGUUGGGAGAGAAAAAAUCUGAUACCGAUAUAUAGAUUAUUUUUUUAAGAUGGAUUUCUGGGCUUUAUUUGAGAGAUGGGACAGAGUCAGAAAUCAGGGAGAGAGUGGGGAACGACAAGAGAAGAAAGAAACCACAGGCAGGAUUGGAAUAAGGACUCCCCAUACAUGGGGCGUGCACACCAACCACUAUGCUACCUAAAAUAUAUAUAUACACAUUUAUGAUAUUGAUCCCUCAAAUGCAGUUAUCAAACACUUGUGGAAAAGAUAUUUAAUGAAGACAAGAUGGUCACUCGACUGGAAAGUAACUGCGCAUGUACGAUCACCGCUUGACACUCUGGAGAGUGAUGAUGCUUGUUGUAAGCCAUAUAGUGCCCUCUGCUGGUGAAGGAGAACUGCUAGUGUAAAACAACCAUACUCAAAAAAUAAUAAAAUGCUAUUUGAGUGGUGAAUAAAUUGAGUAAUAUCGGUGCAUAUCUACAAUAAAAUCAGCCAAUACCAAUAAUCACUUGAUAUGCUAAUAUUGGCCGAUAUUAUCGGAUGGCUGAUAAAUCGGUCGAGCCCUAAUCAAGAUGAUAACCAGCUUUGUGUUACCCCUUAGCGAAAUCUCUGAUAUCAGGGUUAGUAAAGCCUGGUCAAGAAAAAACAUCUGAUUCGUAGUACAGGUCUCUUAAAUUCAGUUUGAUUUAUUUUAAAUGUUGUAUACAUUUCUUGUCAGAAUUUGAUCCUUUGAAGUUUCUAAUACCUGGUUAUCAAACAUGAUGCAGCUUUACCCAGCUCUACUCAGUAAGACCUUGAACGCAGUGCAGCAACAAUACAUCUCUUCUAAGAAUACGACCUUGGAUUAUCUCUGUUUUUUAUUUUUAUUCUUUCGGCUCUGUGCACACCUACUCAACACACGCAGCAGCACACACUUCUCCGCAGGUGAAACAAAGAAACCUUUAAGUGAAGCCACUGACUGAAGGAAACCAUAAAAGAAAAUGAAAACACUUUAUAACCCCUGCAAUGUACUGAAUGGCACAUACUGUGUGAGACUAGAAACGGGUGAGUUUUUCCUUAAACACUGUUCUGAGGAGGGAGGACGGGGGAGCUGCUGGGUUUGACUUGAGCGUACGUCUUUUCCUGCCACUGGAAUGGCGAGUCACGGGGGCGGGGGGGGUUGGGACCGUGUGUGUUUUAGUUGCGUAGAAUUUGUUUUAUGAGGCAUGUAAAUUAACGGCUUCAGUGGGAUUUGAGUGGUCAGAAAAGUGGUGGCGACACAUUUGGACACGUGUAUUUCUAUUUAAAUGUUUUGGAUGUGCCUAUUGAUUAGUCCAUUUGCCAGUCAGAAUGCUGCUAUAUCUGGUGAAAAUGUGCAAUUUCAGUGUACUGUACUGUUGAAUGUAAUAAAGAAAUACACGUUUCUUACCUUGGUAAA